AAUUACUUAAAAUGUUCAACUCAGACAUGUUGGACAUCGUGAUCAUGUUGAAUUGUGCAGCGAGAGGCAACUCUUAUUCAUUCCAGAUUUUCUUUCUUCGAAAUUUUCGAAAACUCUUGUUCACAGGACCGAACGAAGUGAACAGAAUAGUUCUAAACAUUCACAUCUACAAGCAAGAAGCCUUGGACCUGCCACUCUUAUAAUCGAUUAAUGAUUCAUCAGAGCAUACCCGUGAAAUAUUAUCGAGAAUAAAUUGAAGAAGCCAGUGGAUCGACUUGAGAAACGCAAAAAGUGAAACAGCCUCAAUUAGCCGCAAUGAGAUUGAAUAUGUGUUCAACAUUCGUCCCAUGCGGAAAGUAGUGAUUCCAAAUUCUCAGGCUGCACGAUGAAUCGUGAUAACAUCUUCUGUAAAUGAGCGAGCAGAGUUUGCAGCAAGAUUCUAUAACGCUCUUCCACAUCGAAUUGAACUCCUGUCCUCCUUGAAACGGACAGUAAUUUAGUGCGAAUCCAGCUUGCCCGUAAAAAUCCAUGAGAUCAGCUGAUAGACUCCAUGUUCGAGAUUCAAAUGCUCGCGUGACGAACGCUGACAAGGGGAGAUUCUAAUAGGCAUCGCCUUGAAAGGGCAAGUGGAUCCGCUCAUCGAUCGGAGCACCGGUCUGUCAGGAAUGCCGUCGUGAAACAGGUCGCAGUCGAUCUGCACAAGUCUCGAAUUUCGACGAGAACAUGGUGCGUAGCAUACAACCCGAAUGGAUCGCAGGGCCCGUCCCGCCCCCGAGAGCUCAAGAAACCAUCAACGGAAUCUACUGGGGCUACGUGAAAGAGAAGAACGAAGAGCACAAAUCCUGGCACCAGCAAUUUCGCAAGCCAUGGGAGUUGGGCAGGCACAAGAGGGACUUUUGUGGCCAGAUCCGCACCUCGAGAACCGACGACCACAAGUACGUGUUCUACUUGCCCGGCCGAGAAGCCAGAGACCACCACCUGAAAUGCGUGGACGAGACGAACGCGUGGCGAGCUCGCACGCUGCUGAACGAGAACGUCAAAGCGAUGCUGGCGAAGAAUUUCGCGUGCGAGAAAAAACGGCACUACUUCGACACGAUGAAGAGGCACAAGGAAGAGCAGCAAGCGCUGUGGUCCAAGGCCAAGAAGAAGCUCCUCUACAUCAAAGACGAGGACGUCGCCUCCGAGGCGCCUCGAGCCCGAGAUCUACCGGAAUUCAACCCUCUCAAGCCAUUCGAGGAGAUCAAGUUGGGGAUUGCCAAAUGCUCUGGCGUGUUUUAUCCGCAGUACGUGAAUCUGCCCGCUCUCGGGAGGUACAUGGCCAACUUGGACUCGGUUAAGAGAGGACUCGUGGCGGCGCUGAAGGACAUGCCCGGGAAGGUGCCCAACUUGAUGGGCAACUUCGCCACGGAGCUCGAGUUGAACUCUCCAUCGGCUGAAUCUGGAUCCGCCGCUCUCGACCUGCUGGAAAUUCCGAUUUUCGAAUCGAAGCUCGCCAGCCUUGUGGCAGAGUUGAAAGCUAAGCAGGCUCUACAACCUGUGAUCAAAGACGCAGAUCGAUACACUUCAUCGCACGCCAUUAAAGGAGUGAGGUUUUCAUGACCCCCACC